AUUGUUUUCUGCAUUACGUUUUGUAUUGAGUUUUGAUGCUAAGCAUGUUCUCUGACACUGGAAAAAGUAUCAUGGAGACCACAGAAUCAAAGGAGACAGAAACCACCGUUAACAUCCCUUAUCAAGAAAUUUUUCCCAUCUCUUUCUUUACUGGCAUAAACAUUAUGAGUGAGAACAUGAGUGAGCCAACCUUAAGUAGGACCUGGCACUGGUCUCCAAUAGAAGGUCUUAACCCUGAGGGAGCAAUUAGGAAGACGGAUCACUUCAUAAGGCAGGAGAUUGCAAGGAUGACCAUCCAUCCUGAAACCGGUAUCAGCCCUACCUUGAGGCGUAAGAAGGGUAUUGUCAUUGGGGUGGCCAGGGCGGUGUCCACUGAAAUGUAUCGCAUACUCCCCAGAAACCUCACAGCCGAAGAGAUGGACACCGAAAAACUGGCUGUGGGAGAUGAUGGGGACGCUAUAGUGAUCAAGGACGACGUGGAGUCGAAGUGGAAGGAAGAACUGUCCAAACCUUUGAACCUGUCUGAAACUGAAAAGAAGGUGAUUCCCAAGCUUCACCUCCUUGCCACUGGAAUGAUUCCCCUACAGGGCUACUCUCUGCUCACGGCCCUUUACCACUACAAUUACCAGUCCGAGGAGGCAUUCACCGCCGUGGAGGAACUAGUAUGGGCAGGUUGUGAUCAAUUAUCCUGGUGGUGUAAGGAGGACCUGACCGCUCUAAGUGAAGGAGGUGGGUGCAAUUGGGAAAUUCUUUCUGAGAUGAUGGCCUAUCUGGAGAACUUCUCAGUUUGGAUGCCAACGGAGAUAGUCACUGUCAACAACGCUCCUACUCAUCUUAGGAGCUUAGAUACUAGGGAGAAGGUGGUGGCCUCGAUCAAAGAGUGUUGUAUGCGAAAUGCAUGCCAUGUAGCUUUGUGUUUCGGGUUUUACAUGGCCAUGGUGGAGAAAGGUGACCAGUUUCAAGGUGUGAAGAACCUAAAGACGUUCUCCUCGCUCAGGGCACUCAAGGAGACCCACUUUGGCUACUACUUCCUAGGGACAGAGCUUUUCCUUGAUUACUGCGCCUACGAGGUGAAGCAGAGUCAAGUCGUGAGAUCCUGGACAUAGUGAUCCGUGUUCGUUAUUGAUGCACUGGCUCAUCUCUUUUUCUUUCUAUUGUGUGCUCUCAUGUGUUGGCUUUCCUUUCAAAAUUUGUUUGCUUCAAGACUUCAAGUUGUUAUUGUUUUCAGUUUGUUUCCUUAUGUGUCAAUGUUUAAGUUUUAUUUUGGAUUUACUAUGAAAUGAGGCAGAGGGGAAAAAUUCUUUUUAUAUUUAAUAUCCAAGCGACUUUUGUGAUCUGGUAUUAGUUUUUAGAGUAAGACAUUAAUCAUCUUUGAAUGAUGUUUACCAAAUUGUAUCAGCCUUCUUGUUCUUGCUUUGUAGUUUGUAUUGGCUGAGGCUCGUCAAGAUUUUGUUGAUGUGGUCUUCGGUCUCCUGAGUUCGACUCUCCCAAAAGGGACUAUUGCUAGAGAUGUAUCACAAGUUACCUCAAGUCCUUAGUUGCUACAAGAAUCAUAACAAAAGUGUUGCAGAUAU